AUGGCCACUUGGACUAGCCUCUUCCUGCUCUUGGGCCUCGGCCUUCUGGCCGUCGAUGCGGCGUUGGCCCCCUGGUGGAAAACCGCUUCCUUCUAUCAGAUAUACCCACGAUCCUUUAAGGACACAGACGGUGAUGGAGUUGGGGACUUGAACGGAGUGACCGAGAAGCUGGAGUACCUGAAGGAGAUCGGUAUUACCGCCACUUGGCUGUCGCCCUUCCUUAAGUCGCCCAUGGCCGACUUUGGCUACGACAUCUCCGACUUCAAGGCGGUCGAUCCCCUUUUCGGGACGAUGGAGGACUUCGAGGAGAUGGUCUCCCGCUCUAAGGAGCUGGGAGUGAAGAUCAUCCUAGACUUUGUGCCCAAUCACUCCAGCGAUGAGUGCGACUGGUUCAUCCGAUCGGCUGCUGGAGAGGAGGGGUACAAGGACUACUAUGUCUGGCACCCGGGAUUCCUCAACGAGAAUGGAACUCGUCGUCCGCCCACCAACUGGGUGAGCGUGUUCCGUGGCAGCGCUUGGGAGUGGCACGAGGGUCGCCAGGAGUACUACCUCCACCAGUUCCACAAGAAGCAGCCGGAUUUUAAUUUCCGUAAUCCCGUGGUGCGCGAGGAGAUGAACAAUGUGCUACGUUUCUGGCUGGAGAAGGGCGUCGAUGGAUUUCGCGUCGAUGCCAUUUACCACGCCUUCGAGAUCGAGGCCGAUGAGAACGGCAACUAUCCUGACGAACCCCGCAACGAUUGGACUGACGACCCGGACGAGUACGGCUACACGCACAAGAUCUACACCGUGGACCAGCCGGAGACCCCUCACCUGGUUUAUGAAUGGCGCCAAAUUCUCGAGCAGUUCCAAGCCGACAACGGAGGAGAUGAGCGCAUUUUAAUGGUGGAAACCUGGUCCCCAAUCGAGAUCGUAAUGGAUUAUUACGGGAAUGCCACGGCCGACGGUGCCCAGAUACCGUUCAACUUCCAGCUGAUAAGCAAUCUGCACUAUGAUUCCGAUGCCUAUCACUACGAGUACCUGAUUAACAACUGGCUUAAUCUGAUGCCCGAGGGCAAGAGCGCUAACUGGGUGAUCGGAAACCACGACAAGAACCGCGUGGGUUCCCGAUUCGGAGCUGACCGGGUCGACCUCUUCAACAUCCUGCUGCUGAUUCUUCCCGGCUGCAGCAUCACCUACAACGGCGAGGAGCUGGGCAUGCUCGACGGCUACGUCUCCUGGGAGGACACCGUGGACCCGCAGGCCUGCAAUGGCUACGAGUCCAACUACAUGGACAACUCCCGGGAUCCGGCUCGCACUCCGAUGCACUGGUCGGACGAAAAGCUCGCUGGAUUCACCACCGGCAACACCACCUGGCUGCCAGUGUCCUCUGACUAUCCCCAGAGGAACGUAAAGACCGAGCGCGGAGCGUCCUUGAGCCACUUGAACGUGUUCAAACGGCUGCAAAAUCUGCGUCAGGAGCCCAGCAUCGAGGAGGGAUCCGCGGAGAUCAAGGCGGUGAGCAGCUAUGUUCUGGCUGUCAAACGCCACCUGAGCGGCGACUACGUUUACAUCUCGCUGUUCAACAUUUUCGACUCCAUCGAGAAUGUCAACCUAUCUACUGUGUUCGGCAGCCUGCCCGCCAAGUUCCAGUACGCCCUGGUGACCGAAAAGUCCAUCAAAAAGGUCGGGGAUCAGUUGUCCGCCACAAGUGUCACCCUAAUGCCUCACGAGGCCAUUGUGCUGCGCUCCACAACGACCGCUUAGUUUAUUCCCCUUGUAAAAAAUUAAAGAAUUGAAAAACAUUAUGAA